CACGGCCCCCGCAGCCGCUCCGCCCUCGCGGGCGGGCCCGUUCGGGGCGGUGCCGGAGCCGCGCGGCGGGGCCGGGAGCGGAGCGGGAGCGGAGCGGGAGCGGGACGGGAGCGGCGGAGAGAGGUUGUCAGGAGCGUUUAACCAGGCUCAGCUCCCGACUGGCCGUUUGCACUGGAGAGGAGCACUGACAUGAAAAGUAAGGAGCUGCAUUAGCGCACGCUGCUCGGCGCUGGGCAGGCAGGCGCUGCACGAGUGAGCGCAGGCAUCUGCUGAGAUUGUGGCGUGUUGUUUGGAGCUUUCAGCAAGACACUCCUCUACCGUGAGGCUGGGAAGGCUGUCACUGCUGCAGGAGGUAAAAUAAGAACAUGGCAUGAUGUCCUUUGGAAAAGGAGCGAUGGCAGCCAUCAGGAAGAAGCUGGUGAUUGUGGGAGAUGGUGCCUGCGGAAAGACGUGUCUGCUGAUCGUGUUCAGCAAAGACCAGUUCCCCGAGGUCUACGUGCCCACGGUGUUUGAGAACUACAUUGCUGACAUAGAGGUGGAUGGGAAGCAGGUUGAGCUGGCCCUGUGGGACACAGCAGGACAGGAGGACUAUGACAGGCUGCGGCCCCUCUCGUACCCGGACACAGACGUCAUCCUCAUGUGCUUUUCCAUCGACAGCCCGGACAGCCUCGAGAACAUCCCUGAGAAGUGGACGCCGGAGGUGAAGCACUUCUGCCCCAAUGUGCCCAUCAUCCUGGUGGGGAACAAGAAGGACCUGCGCAACGACGAGCACACGCGGCGGGAGCUGGCCAAGAUGAAGCAGGAGCCGGUGAAGCCAGAGGAGGGGAGGGACAUGGCCAACAGGAUCAACGCCUUCGGCUACCUGGAGUGCUCGGCCAAGACGAAGGAGGGCGUGCGGGAGGUGUUUGAGAUGGCCACGCGUGCCGGGCUGCAGGUGCGCAAGAACAAGAAGCGCAGAGGCUGCCCGCUGCUGUGAGCGCCUGGCCGCCCCGCCCGGGGGCUGCGGCCGCACAGCCCCGGCAGCGCCUCGUGGUGCCACCACCUGCCCGAACCCUCCGCACCAGAGCUGCCACCCGCGCUCACAGGGCGUCCCUGCGACAUUCCGGGGCCGUGAGGGGCCAGCGCCUUCAGCGCCUGCCGCUCUCCGAGGGCCGGCUGCUCGUGUCGCUCCCCGCGUCGCCCCGUUUUGCCCUGAGCUCCCUGGGUUUGCCCUGAGCUCCCUGGGUUUGCCUUCCCCGUGGGCAUUGCUGCGGUGUUCACUCCCUUUCCCAGCUCUGGGCAGGUGCCACAGAAGCAGGAGGUGCCGGUCGCAGCUCACGUGUGGGGUGUGCCGGGCCCUCGGUGCGUUCUGCCUGCGCUCCUGGGCCGUGCAGGCAGCAGCCAGCAGUGUUACAGACUUGCCUGGGCAGUUUCAGCCCUGCCUGAGCAGAGCUGGGCUCAGCUGCUGCCAGCGGCUCCUCCCGGGACGCGUGCCCAGCUCUGCCGGUAUCGCCGCCUUCGAGUCUGCCUCGGUCGUGGGCUUGGCAGCACUAAACCCAACUGCUUAAUUGGGAGAAUAAAUGCAAACUGGUCUUUUAGUAAUUAUAA